AUGAAACUAGUGGGCACCAUUUCAGAUGAGGUCCUUCUCAACAUCGAAACGGAACUAAAUCCCAAGGUGGCCGCGCUCGUGUCGGCGUUCGUUGCUUAUCUCAAAGAGCCCAGAUACCAGAACCCCCUAACCAUCUCGGAACUUGCCUCUCUCUUCAACGCAUUCUACCAUGAUCUCUACGGCCUAGUGCUCAGUCUAUACGCCCAGCUGACUCUGUGCAAGCGGGCGUUGAUCCAGAAUUCUCCCCUUUUCGCCAACGAUCUCCGAACGUACGACUACUUGAAUGCCAUUGCUCAUUAUUCUUCGUCCCACAUAAAACUAGUCAAGCGCUCGGAUCCCCAGGCAGCAUACCAGCUUCGAGUGUUUGCGUACUACAAGGCGGCCACAAUUACACAGACGAUAGAGACCGCGCAGGCACAGCUCUUCACGUCGGUGACGCCGGGUGAUCAGACCCAGCUCUACUAUAAGAUCUUCCGCUUUGAUCUGCGGGACCUAGCCAUUCAGGAUCUUCUAUCCGAGAAGUUACAGAUUUUGCGGAAAUUGUCUCUCCCUUUGAGCGCCUUUUGUGAGACCGAAUUUAAAGCCGACUCGGCCAAGUUGGAUGAGUACUUCAUGACUCUCUCCGAGGAAGCCAAACAGACCUUGGCAAAAUUAAAGACUUGCAUUGUGAACUUGGACGAGGCCAGAACACCCGAUAUGAAACUACAAUACAUCGUCAAAGUUCAAAAGACCUUGAUUGAUUUGUGCGCGGGCUUCUACAAGUACGACUCCUCCAAGGUGAACAACGACCUUCUUCUUCCGGCGCUCAUCUACAUCAUCAUCUAUCACCCGCCGGACUUGCCAGAGGAUCACAAGGAAAUUGAUCUCUAUCUCAAUUUCACGUUUGUGAAGAACUUCUGCCAGAUCUUGGACCCAUAUUGCAUCUCGUCUACCUCAUUCAACUCAAACUCCUCUUUGUCGUCUUACGUCCCCACUGAGAGAAGAGACUCAUAUUUACGUGGCGAUAAACUCUCCUCUAACAAUUUCUUCGAGCUUAUCAACCUAAAAGAAUCUAGCAAUGAGGUUUUCGAGGAAGUAGAGCCUGAGUUCCAGUCUGAUAAAGCAUUGAUUGAUUACUUGCAAAAAACAAUGUUCAAUACAGGAGAGCUACAGUAUUACCUCACAAACUUUGAGGCAAUUCUAUACUUCCUCGUCAACACUCCAGUCAAAGAUAUAGUGCCCGAAGGCUACACAAUCCCAGAAGUUUAUCUAGCGAAGGAAGUUGUUACCCUCCCUAUACAACAAGUACUCGAGAACAGGGAGGCCAAGGAGAAGGAAGGCGCAGAAAACCUGAAAGAGAUUACUGAAGACUCUGCAGAAUACUUGGAAGAGGUUGAGGACUCUGCAAGGUCACGCUCUAGUUCUUUGUUCAAUACUAUUUCUAGCGCAGUUUCUCAAACUGUAACCAGAUCCCGCUCAAAUUCGGCAGCUCUCAAAUCUCAUCAUGCAAGAGAAUCCUCAUUCCCUAGCUUUGAGCAGUCAAUCACAUCAGGUAUGCCUUCCGGGGACACAUACGGCUUGACUCCAAUGAGAAAGUUUCUUGGUCGCAUCGGCCAAGCAUCUGGAGUCAAUCUCAGUGACGCAGAAAACGGACCCAUGUCAGACAGCGAUGAAAACGCAGAAAAUAGAAGCAAGCGUUCACUGUCUUUGUUUGAUGUAUUCUCACCUGGACAACCUCGUACUCGGUCUGGAUCAGGAGAAACCCCUUCAUUUUUGCAUUCGUCUAAUCUCCGAAAGCCCACCAUCUCCACCAAAUUAUCCAAUGGUGUUUCCGAACUCAUGACUAAGCUUAAUGUUGCUGCGAACGGUAGCUCUCACGCUCUCUACAAUGAAGGCGGGAAUAAUUACAAAACACCUUCUCGAGAGGACUCAUUGGAGAAUUUUAGCAUCAACACUAAAGCUCCGCCGAUCGUGGGCGACCCGGCUUCAAGUAUGGAUAAAUGGUUCAACAACCUCGGAGAUAAUGGUGAUGCACAGACUUUUGCCAAUAGCCAGAUGGGUUCCGCCUACAAUGAAGGAUCCCUUUUCAGCGCAUCUUUCGCCGAGCUCACAAAAUACCACAACGCAGAUUUCGAUUCAUUGACAAUGAUGGAUUUGAAAAAUUUGAAGUUUUAUUAUGACCAGCUCUGCAGCGAGCUUCUAGCAUUGAAGGAAGAGUCUAAGACAAGUAACGAAGAAUUGGCAGUGGAGAAAGACCCACAGAACAUAGAGUGA